GUUUAGGGUUUGGUAUCAGAGAGAGGGGUCGAUGGCCUGUGGGUCACGUUGUGUAUCAUCACCCUUGCAUUUGGGUGCGUUUGGAAACUCCUCCAUAAAAGGGCUUAAUCCGUACUCGUCGACUUCGUUACCAUCUUCCUCUUCCUCAUCUUCUCCGGCCUUUUGGAAGCUGAUUCACGGGGUUCUUUGUGUUAAGUAGCCUUCGGUUGUAGAAGUGGUGUGCAAGAAGAGGGAGCGAGGAGAACGAGGUGAUCGAGAGACGUUUGCACCGUAUUAUGUGACGGUGAUUACUCCUCCUCCACGAAAUCUCGGUAUCCACAGCCUGCCUCCGAACACCCAAUGUGGAGAGACGGUGGAGGUGAAAGGAGAGCCCUAUGUUGUUUCUGGUGUAACAUAUCGGUACCAAUUGAGGAGGGGGAAGUACCAGCCAAGUGAAAAACGCCUGGAUGUUCAGUCUCUGGGCCGAUACUUCGUCAACCUUUAUUUUGACAAUCUUCUCGACACAUCGUAAUUGACGAUCUUGCUCCGCAUUUACGAAGUAGGGUUGUAACAUUUUGAGGUUUUGUGAGGAAAGUGCCGUUUCCUUAAUACAAGGUUCUCGUAGCAUUGUAUUUCUACGUACAUACGAUGGUCAUAUUAGGUUUCAUUUGAAGGUGAGAAUCAGACGUAACUUUGGCUUAGCUAUACAAUGUAGUAGUUUAUAUUCUGCUCUCUCUGAGAUUUCGAACUCUCUGGUCAGUUUAUGAGAACGUUUUGGAAAAUAUCAUCUCCUGUUCAGUAGAUUGCAUUUCUCACAAUCGUAUGUAGUCCUUUCAAACGAAUGAGUUGUUCUAGUCACAGGAAAAGCAAAAGAUGUCAGCUGUGUCGCGCAUGGAUCCGUACUCCUUUGUGACUAUCUCCUACUCCUUUCACUAUUGAGUUUGUCUCAGGAAGUAUGUUAGCUCCGGAGAGUCUUUGGCGAUGGAGAAUGGAAGUUGUCUGCAGCAAUUCUUUAGGAAUGAAACUUUGAAGAGGCAAUCAAGUCCAUCCACUUCUACAUAAGCGAAGUAACAUGAUAGAGAUUUGGUAAAACCGUUCGGCUUACUCUUACAUAUAAUUCACACUCUUGCAUGGUUUUGUUCUCUCGCUACAACCCCACAAUUUCCCGUCCGAAAAGUAUGCACGCAUCGAAUGAGUGAAAUGCAACGGUGUAGUGAUGUUUGGCGACAGUUGAACACGCUUCUCCCCCAGUAUGUUACCCCUUUUUCUGUGAGUUAAUCAUCCUUUAUCAGCCCGAGGUUUCCAAUUUCAAAAUACUUCGGUUGUUGUCCGUGAGUCGUCAUGUGACUUCUUGUAAUGUUUGCGCCUGCACUUCAUUUUAAAAGACUAGUUCAUUUGCAUUCGAUGUGCAUAGACAAACGACGUCACUACUCAUUCCUUCAUUGCGAAAGUUGCACUCGCCAUGGGAUAAUCCAAGUUCUCGUUCUAGACCCUAAUUUAGUAAUCUCCCUUGACCUCCUUGAACCCUCGUAAGGCCCAAAUCCAAGGACACUUCUCCGAGGUCUGAAAAGUAUGUUUUAAUUACUCGCAACCCAUACUAGAUCUUUGCGAUAGAAGAUUUCUGGACCAGUAAGUGAGAGAUCAUGCCUUCCUGAAGAGUAUGGGGCUAUGUAGAUCACUGGGAUAAUUUUCUGCUCUGCAAACGGGACUUUCAAAAGCCUCGUCGAAACAGUGAAGAGCAGAUGUAUUGAACUAUAACACGUUGCAAUUUUCAAUCAGUAGGAGUGGCCUAUCAGAUCUAUUGCAGGUAAGAAAGAAGGCUGUUAUCAACUACUUGUGAUUGAAGCCUUGAGUGCCAAAGGGUUACGGUUGAUUUUUCUCUAAACCGAGGAAUUCACGAAUCUAUAUGUCGGGUGGACAGAUGGGAGUGUGCCGACGAAUUCGAUCCCAACUCGGGUGAAUUGUGCAUUUGAUCUUGUUGAGAUUGGUGUGUUUUCUGGUUUUGGUUAGAAUCAGCAGUGAUCGAGGAGCCAUGAAAGUACUUGCGAGAACGGCGGCAUUCUUUUGAGAGAAGGUCGAUUGACAGCAUGUAUAGAUUUGUGGAAGAGGGCAGCGCUACUGGUGUCUAUUUGUGCCCUCCCAUCACCCCGGUUGCAAUCAAUCGCAGCUGCUGAAAUCUCCAACCAAUGGGAUGCAAACAUGAUUCUGUGUUGAAAUAUCAAGGCUGUUCUCAAAGGCUGUUGUCAUGAUCUCAAAGGAAAGUUAUUCUGGACAUUUCAUGCCCACUGCUUAAUGAACUCGAGUGCAUCAAUUUGCACUAAUACCAGUAUCAUCGGUAACUCUCUUCUGAGGUCGUUUUAAAAUUGCCAUCUCCUUAAGAGUUGUCUCGUAGGUGCAUAUCGGGACUGCAUACUACUACACCUUCACCAUCCCAAUCACAUGGACACUGUGUUUCUUAGGACUGUUAAACACCAAUGCAAGGUGGAAGUCAAGUGAGGAUAGACUUCCAUUCGAUAACCCCAAGAAGAAUGAGCCAGCCUCUUCCGUCCUCAAUUGAGCUUUUGAAGAUCUUGAAAGGUUCUAAAGGUUUCUGCAGUGAGUUGCAGCCAUAGAUAUCUGGGACGACAUAUCAUACAAUCCUGGGUAUACAUGAGCUCGGAGAGCUUGCUAUCAGUUUCUUAAUCAAACCCCUCAGUUGGAAAAGAGGACUGCAGAAUGAAUCGUUUCUACAGCAAGCGCUGAUCUUCACUUUGAAUGAUCUAUGACAUGUCCAAGGGUUCUAUCAGCACACGGUCAGAUGACGCUGGCGAGACUGCUCUUGGUUGGGCUACGGGCCAGUGCGUUUUCCCCCGACGGAGACACAGAAUUGCAGUCUUUGAUAUCUUUCUCAGUUGGCUCAAGAAAAUACGUCAGAGAGCUGCACGAGCAGUCAGGGACAUGGUAACAUGCAGCACCCCACAAUCGAACGGAUUUGAGAAAAACCUGACUUCUACUUCUCAGGAGAAUCCAGUAGACUUGCAAGACAUCCAAGAUGAGACGUCAUCCAUCACAUCCAACUUGCAGAUACUGCCUGACAAACCUAUGGAUGAUGGGUGGUCGACCAGUAAUAAAACCAAUUCUUCUCUCCAGUGCAAAAUCUCCUAUGAGCAAGAUGCUGAUAAUAGCGAGCGUAAUCUCUGGACUCAUGGUCAGAAAGUCACCCCAAAUUCAAAUUGUGGGCCAAAGUUGCCCUCCAACUUCUUCGAGCUCCCAACUAAGCAACGCCUUCGAGCUGUGAAGAUGCUUCUUGCUGGUUAUGUGUACAAACCGAACUCGGAAACGUCCCUCCAGGCAAACAAACAGCGGCCAUUAUGUCGUCUCAUGGCUACAGCCAGAAUGAUUGUGUACAAGCCUGGGCCAAUCAAGGCUGUGGAGGCCGUGUUUCUCGCAUUGUAUUUAACUGCUGGUCUUCUUUCGGUGGAGCGUAUACCAGUUGGAUUCAAAACCAAGUUUGCAGACGAGGUUACUCAGCAUACGGUGUUAUUGGUGAAAUGCAACGGUAAGUAUGGAGCUUUUGGUAUCAAUUCAAAUCCUGAUCUCAUGACAAAAAAUCUUCAAUUUGAUAGCAUGUCAAAUAUCAUUAAAAACUAUCUAAAAGCUUACGAGGCGAGUGCCCAUACUGUUUUGAAAAUUCGAAUUGGCCUCCCGGUGGAACAUGAUGUGAUGUCUUCACGUUUUAUCUGUUGGCGGCAUCUAUCUUUGUCACCUAAUGUAGAAUCCUGGCAGGAGUGUGCUGUGGAGAUAGAGAAUCACGUCAUACGAAUGAGGCGUUUGUGGGACUUGUGGGUACUAACUCGUAAAGUAGUCGAUUCUCGCAAAGCUGGAAUGGCGAAAAGGAAGCUAGUCAAGUCCAACUUAAUAAUAAAGCCAAGAGGAAAAGGAAAAGAAAAGCAACCUGAAGUAGCUGCACCUGCAAUGAAAAUGCCUGGGGAGAGUGCACCAAGAAGGAAAUCAAAGGAUGCAUCCAUUUCAACCGAAAGGACUCAACAUUGGGACGCUGAGUCAACAGGAAGCAACUCCAUCGAGUGCGAGCAUUGUGAGGAAUGUGAGCAACUCAAGAGAGAUAUUCCACCCUCAGAUACGAAGUGCGUCUCUCUGAAAAGUACAGUGAAGGAAAUGAAGACAACUGGGCACCAUCAUUUUCCCGAAAAUCGCAAAUCUCAUGGAGACCACUCUCACACUUCCGAGCAGCAAGUGGAAACCGAAUCCUUCGAGAGUAACACAGGGGACUCUUCUGUGCGGAAGCUUUCGGUGGAUUUCAAACCCCAAGAUCUGAACCAAAGCUCUAUGGCUACCAGACAACAAAUGAUCAAGAAUUUGAUGAGCAACAGAGUGACGAUGUCCACCCCUCCGAGCUGUUCUGCUAGCCGUGGUGGGACCAGAAACCCAACUGAAAAAGCGGCACACAUCAAGUUGCCGAGUAAACACGCGAGUAAAAAGAAUUCAGGUCCCUUGUACAAUUUCUCUGUAGGACAAGGUAGAAAAUCCACGGCAGGUUAAGUGAUAUAAAUCAAGUUGAAGUUGCUCACAACAAUCAAGUCCCACAAGGCAACAAUUUAUUAUUUAAAGUUGUGUCUAGAAUUAAGUACACUGGAGUGUUCAGCUUCGAACUGGCGGUGGCAGGAGGAGGAACAAAAGCCUACAGGUUUUGUUGAUUUUGAAGAAGCAGAUGCAAAGGUAAACAUUUUGUUGAGUCAUCUUUACGUAAUCUAAAAAAAAAAGAAUGACAACAACAACAACAACAACAACAACAACAACUUACCUUUUUUUCUUUUUUCCUGCUUGCAUUUCAAAAAAAUGAUUUUCUAAAAUAUUUCCAUACUUCAUAAAUAAUAAAAUGCAGAAAUAAAUCUUAAAUACAAGAGUUUAAAAAUACAAGCCCACUUUUAAAAGUUAUCUUA